CCAGGGAGGGGUCGCGAAUGCGCGUGCGCCGCGUUCCCCGUCCCAUUCUCCCCGUUUUUCCGUCUCCUCACCUGCCACCCGGCAGCCCUUUCUGGUCUCGCGACUUUAAUCCCAGGACCUCUCUACCCUCUCUACCCCGAAUCGUUCCCCUUUCAUGUUGUGGCCCUUGCGGUGGUGCUAAACCGACCGCCACGCCUGGUCUUCAGCAUCAUGUGUGGAAUGCCCGCCAGGGGUCUGGCAUCCUCAGUGAUGAAGAUACAAAACUUUGGUGUUUGUGUUUGGGAGCUGAAAGUGCUGACAGCAUUGGUGCUGUGUUAAAUAGCAAAGAUGAGCAGAGAGAAAUUGCUGAAACAAGAGAAACUUGCAGGGCUUCCUAUGAUACCUCUGCUCCAAAUGCAAAACGUAAGUAUCAGGAUGAAGGAGAGACAGAUGAAGACAAGAUGGAAGAAUAUAAGGAUGAAUUAGAAAUGCAACAGGAGGAAGAGAAUUUGCCAUAUGAAGAAGAGAUCUAUAAAGAUUCUAGUACUUUUCUUAAGGGAACACAGAGUUUAAAUCCCCAUAAUGAUUACUGCCAACAUUUUGUAGACACUGGACAUAGACCCCAGAAUUUCAUCAGGGAUGUAGGUUUGGCCGACAGAUUUGAAGAAUACCCUAAACUGCGGGAGCUCAUCAGACUGAAGGAUGAGUUAAUAGCUAAAUCUAACACUCCUCCUAUGUACUUACAAGCAGAUAUAGAAGCCUUUGACAUCAGAGAACUGACACCCAAAUUUGAUGUGAUUCUUCUUGAACCACCUUUAGAAGAAUAUUACAGAGAGACCGGCAUCACUGCUAAUGAAAAAUGCUGGACUUGGGAUGAUAUUAUGAAGUUAGAAAUUGAUGAGAUUGCAGCACCUCGAUCAUUUAUUUUUCUCUGGUGUGGUUCUGGGGAAGGAUUGGACCUUGGAAGAGUGUGUUUACGCAAGUGGGGUUACAGAAGAUGUGAAGAUAUUUGUUGGAUUAAAACCAAUAAAAACAAUCCUGGGAAGACUAAGACUUUAGAUCCAAAGGCCGUCUUCCAGAGAACAAAGGAACACUGCCUUAUGGGGAUCAAAGGAACUGUUAAGCGUAGCACAGACGGGGACUUUAUUCAUGCCAAUGUUGACAUUGACUUGAUUAUCACAGAAGAACCUGAAAUUGGCAAUAUAGAAAAACCUGUAGAAAUUUUUCAUAUAAUUGAACAUUUUUGUCUUGGUAGAAGACGCCUUCAUCUGUUUGGAAGAGAUAGUACAAUUCGACCAGGGUGGCUUACAGUUGGACCAACUCUUACAAAUAGUAACUACAAUGCAGAAACGUAUGCAUCCUACUUCAGUGCCCCGAAUUCCUAUUUGACUGGAUGUACAGAGGAAAUUGAGAGACUUCGACCAAAAUCACCUCCUCCCAAAUCUAAAUCUGAUCGGGGAGGUGGAGCUCCCAGAGGAGGCGGAAGAGGUGGCACUUCUGCUGGCCGUGGGCGAGAGAGAAAUCGAUCUAACUUCCGAGGAGAAAGAGGUGGCUUCAGGGGGGGCCGUGGAGGAGCACACAGAGGUGGCUUUCCACCUCGAUAGUUUUUAGGACACUGAUCCUAUUAAUGCCCCUUCACCUUCUUUCCGAUAGUUUGAAUUUCACCCAGGAGAUGUUUAGAACUCUGUUCCAGCUUGCACUUUGCUUUAGUUUCUCUAAGCUACAGGAAUAUUUUAAUCAACCUCCCUUGCAGUUGUCACUGUCGCGUUUUAUUCAGGGUAAAUGAGUCAUCCUGGCUUUUGUCCUGUGCAUGUAACCAGAGUGGAACAACACAAAUACCUUCGCUUUCAGAAACGGAAUUUAGUCUAAUUACAAAGGCUUUUGCUUUUUAGGAAUAAAGUGAGCAGUGAAAAAGACCCAGUCUGAAGUAUCAUAUGGGUGCUGACAGUAGUUGAUCAUGGGCAUCCCACCACUGCUGUCACAGCAAAUGGGAAGCUGUUUGCAGGCUUGAUCGAGUGGAGUUGGGACAGAUGGUAAACUUCUCUUAGGGUUUCAACAUUUUCUCAUUGAAACAAUAAAAGAGACUUUUUUCUUUCUUUUUGAAAAAUCUUGAGUAAACUCGUAUAGUUUGAUCACAGAAGAAAUUAAGAGACUUGGAACAAAAGCCUCCUCCCAGGUUUAAAUCUGAUCAGGGAGGUGGAGCCACCGGGUGGGCAGAGAGGAGUAGAGCCCAUAGACAUACUUUUACAAAGAGGGAAAAAAGUGCUCAUUAUAAUCUCAGUUGUGCAGCUACCGAUGACUGUUACUCAUGCUUCCUAAGAAGCUGACGAGGACAAAUAGCCAAGCAGCUAAGGACAAUAAAACUUUGGUGUGAUCUUGGAUUGACUUUCAAAGCAGUUUCAUAUUCCUUAGCAAAAUAAAAGAAUAAAAGCAACAGAUACACCUGGUUAUCAGGUGCUUGGUUUAAACAUUUUGGGGAAUAAAGUACUUGGUGAUGGGAAAAUGACAUGCAUCUUUAAACUUGUUAUGGAGAAAAGGUAAAACCAAUUACAGAAAACCCUCAGCUUAAGAAGAGAGCUUGGAAAAAUGAACUGCAGUUGCCUUCUAAGGGACUGGUUUUCCAGAUAAGUUGUAUGAAAUUUUAUAUGGUCAUUUCUAUACUGUCACUCAUGUUUUGCAUGAAUCUGCUAAAUGAAAUAAUACCAUUAUUGUUGAUAAACAUUUUUUAUCUUAUGUAUGAUUUUUCUAAUGAAACUUUAAACCUUU